AUGCAGCAGCAGCAGCCAAAUGUACAAACAGCCGAAGCAGAGUCGACCGAUGAUACUACCGCUGCAGCAACGCGGCUCCUGAAGGAUGUAGCCAAUGAGGCGUCAAAGGAGCUGGAAGCAGAAGAAGGAAACGAGGGAAAGAAUUCUUUCGUUGUUACACCGGAUUACAUUCAACAGUUGAUAAACAAUGCCCGCAAGCAAGGCAAUUCACCGGAAAUAGAGGAAAAAUUGCUGAACCUACAGCGCUACCAUGAAAAGAACUCGAAGGCAGAGGACCGUUGCGAUCGUACGAUUGCGCUGCAGCACAACUACAGCAACAUGAGCGGCAAUCGAAGUGAAUCGCACAGUAACAGCAGCCGAACGCGCAGACGUACCAAUCCGCGUGUCGAUGAUGAUGAUGAUGAAUGGCAGCUGGACACACCGAAGCGUUCCCGCCCUUCGAAGAGUGCAUCGAGUGGUGGUACUAUACAUCUCAGCCCCGGAUCCACCAGCCGGGAACGGAAGCUUUCCAACAACGAAAACCAUGGCAGUAGCUCUUCGCCAAGUAAAAGACGCACAGCGGGAGGAGCAGCAAGCAGUCGGCAGACUACUCAGCAGGAUUCAUCACCAACUGCUGUGACGACUACUACGUCUGAGCAUGUUUCCACUGGUCGCAAUAGAAACGUGGAGAAGCGGAAGCAUACUGCGACGGCGGUUACCAGUGAUGGUGGUGGGCUUGUUGUUGUUAGUUCCUCUGGUACAGCAACCGUUUCUCCUCAGCAGCAGAGUCCACAGCAAAAGCAGAGCAAAUUGCAGGCACAAUUGAAUCGUCACAAGGAACAGUUAAAGAAAGACAUUCUCAAGAAACGAUCUCAUCUCGAAAAGGAAUUGCAGGUACAGAUACAGAAGGAACUCUCCGUCGAGCUGCAGUCGGCUUCUUCCGGCUGCACCACGAAUGUCCGGGCGGCGGCGACAGCAGCAGCAGCAACAGCAGCAGCAGGUGGUGGUGGAAUGAUGGUGGCAACGGCUGGUACGACAGCAUCUUCCUCCCAGCAGUUACAGCAGCAUCAGCAGCAACUUCUACAGUCCACAGGGUUCGAUUCGAUCCCGUCCAAUGUGGACGAUCUGCAUGCGGAGAAUAGUGAAACGCUGCCGCCGCCCGGUCGUGGAAGCUCGAAGCAAGCGACGGAUAAGAGUUCCUCCACAUCAACCACAACCACCACAAGCAGAAGAAGAACAACGACUGGUGGUGCAAAUGCUGUAAAAGAACCAACUCCCUCCGGAGGGACGCCAGCCAGUAGUGGGAAGCGGGGUCAGAAACAUGCUUCACCGGCUGGAUCGAAAGCAGCUGGAAACACCCGAUCGUCGGGUGGCCGUAGCGCGGGACAGACGAAACGUGGUGGUGGUGGUGCUAGAAAGAGCGGCAAAGCUCAAACGCACUGCAUCUGCCAGACGCCGUAUGAUGAUUCAAAAUUCUACGUUGGUUGUGAUCUGUGCAAUAACUGGUUCCAUGGGGAUUGUGUCGGUAUAAGUGAGGCAGAGUCGAAGAAAAUUACCGAAUACAUCUGCAGCGAAUGCAAGCACGCUCGAGACACACAGGAAUUGUAUUGUCUCUGCCGCCAGCCGUAUGAUGAAUCUCAGUUUUAUAUUUGCUGUGAUAAGUGCCAGGAUUGGUUCCAUGGACGGUGCGUUGGUAUACUGCAGUGCGAAGCAAACAACAUCGAUGAAUACAGCUGCCCAAACUGCCAUAUGAACAAUGCAAUCAACUUUGCCAACAUGAAGCCGCUAAGCAUGAGGGAGUUUGAAAAUCUCAAAAAACUCAUCAAACAAAUACAGCAACAUAAGAGCGCUUGGCCAUUUAUGGAGCCGGUCGAUCCGAAUGAGGCGCCAGAUUAUUAUCGUGUGAUAAAAGAACCGAUGGAUCUGCAAAAGAUUGAAACAAAAAUCGACAGCAAAAUCUACCAAACGCUGUCCGAGUUUAUCGGCGACAUGACGAAAAUAUUCGACAACUGUCGGUACUACAACCCGAAGGAAUCGCCCUUCUACCGCUGUGCCGAAAGUCUCGAGUCGUUCUUCGUGCAAAAAAUCAAACACUUCCGCGAGCAUCUCGUCGAUCGUAUUGAUGAAUCUGUGCCGAUGACGGUGACGACAAGUGAAGAGCUUUCUACUGCCAGCCCGGGAACAUCAGCCGUAACCGCAACGGAGUAG